UCGGUGGACUGUUGAGUAUGUAUACAUCUUACACUGUAACCACUAACCGGUCAGUCGUAUUUUAGUGACUGAUACAUUUUGGUCGCGGAUGUUCAAGAUAAAUGAUAAAUAAACCGUAUCAUUCGUAUACCAUUAGAAAUAUUAAUACCGAUCUGGUUUACAGUAUAACAGUGGUGUGUUUUAUUUUAUUUUGAUACAAGUGCACACGUAUAGUGUGAUUUUUGGACUAAAAUGAUUCUUACACGAACGCCGAGUCCUUUGCACCCGUCUAGACUGAAUACGGCUAUUGCACUGUUGCUAGUCUUUAUUUCACUGGUACGUGGUUUCCCGUUAAAUGGACAACAACUCGAUUCUGCAGUGGAAGGCGUACAGAAAUAUUUGGAAUCAUCUGGUUUUCCAAAAAUGACUCGUGGUGAAGUUUUGGAUUUUUUAAACGAUUUUUCAAAGAACUCUCGAGUAAGUCGUUCAGAUAAUAAUGCACUAAAUGUGAAGAAAGACAUUACGUCGUACGUCACACCACAACCUGAUUUUGAGUACUCAAAAACACAAAUGCCACAUAUACCUAAUGAUGCGACAGAAAAUAAAACUCCUGCACCGAAAAUCCCUAAUGGUGAAUCGCCACUUAAUUAUGGAUACCCAAUGAGCUUAAAUAAACAAACAGACCAGCCACCGCCAUCGUCCACGCCAACUAUAUUUGUGACAGUGCAAGACGGAAAUUUAACAAGUGAUAAAAGAACUGAGAUUAUGUUGCAAGCAAUGCAAGGAAGAAAUGCACAGAAAAAAAAUAUCGGCCCUUCUGUUGAUUUAAAUGCAUAUACUAAGUUUAAGAAAAUCCCCGAAGCCAGGAAUUUGAAAAUCGACGACGAUAUGAAAGAUUUUCUCAACAAUUUCGGACUAUUAGAUACUCCGAAAUCGGGUAAAUCGAUUGAUUUAAAACCCAACGAACCACUAAGGCGAAAUGACGAUGCCGCCGUCACAGAAACUGUGGACGAAAAACUAUUGAAAUCAAUUCUGGCUGAAACCGGCAAUAGCGGAGUAAACAUAUCGGAGUUCCAACCGCUGCUCGAAAGUGCAUCGACCUCCCGGGACCAUGUGUUCAAUCCGUCCGACUCCAACGUCAAAACUGUAGAUAUUAACAGGAUAGCGAAAAUAGUGGCAAAUAUUCGACUGUUGACCGAUGAUAACAAUACUGUUUCACUUUCGCAGGAUGCUAUUCAAAAGAAAUUAGAAAACAUAACGGAGGCAAUAUCUGCUAUUGAUCAACCUACCGACAACAAUAGUGCAUUUAACGGGUACGAAGUGUUCUUCGACGAUAAUUCCAAAGAAGUCGAUUCUGAUCUGCCAGCGUCACAAUUCGUUCCGGUGACUCAAACUUUGACCCAAGCACAAAAUCCACCCGAUCCUCUGUCCACCGAUGAACUUCAAAUGCUGUUGGAAAAGAAUAAAAACGACGUGAAACGUCAAGAGCCAGCGAACGACACGUCCGUAGCAAAUAUCUCAACCUCUACCGAAGAAUCAAUACCUGUCGCCACGUCAUCAGAAACUGUUGUAACAUCCGUAGUCACUGAUUCGUCUUCGGAAGCAACGUCGAUAGAAGUAACGUCCGGCGCUAGCGCACCAAGAGAUUCUUCUACAGUAGCUGAUACAAACCCAAGUCUAUCGCAGUUGGCCGAAUCGUUUGGCGGAGGCGAGACCGCCAGUAAUCCACCACCGGCAAUCGAUGAAUUAAUUAAUACACCUUCACCCGAACGACCGAAGAACGGUUUGUAUUUCUAUGUGGACUGGAACUCGUUUUUGACAGUCAACGGAGGUCAAAAAAAUCAAGUUAACUUGAGGUUUGCGCCGAAAGCUGGGAACCCAAAUCAUUUUAUCAAGGUCAACGUACCAUAAUCAGUUCUAGACGCUAUAUUAAAUUAUUAAUCUAAAUAAUAUACUUACUAUUAUGUUUGGCUCUUUCCGAGAUGCCGUUUACUAAAUACGCUGUACAGUUGUACUAUUUAUUAUAUUAUUGUAAAUAUAGUUUUAAAAAUAAAAAAAAAACGUGUUCUAUAC